AUGAUCGCCGAAGAAGUGGAGAUCUACCAGCAACACAAGUACAUGGAUGCGGCCGGCAGACGUAAACCCAUCUUGCAUAUUUCGUUACCUCAACUCAACGCUAUGCAUCAUUACACGAACACGAAUUUGGCUGAAGUAAAACUAUGGAAUUUUUCAUUUAUGAUUAGCAAACUAGCAUUCUAGCGGUCGGUAUUUCACUGCUGGNUUCCGAACGCACAAGAUCCACUACGUGUGUUGAUCGCACAGACGAAGGCACCAAACGCAGAUCAAGAACUCUACGUGACCCUUCUGCUGCACCCAAUGCCAAUAACUGAUCAAGCGCAAACCGAUCCACAGGAGUUGUUUGAGAAAACCAAACGACACCUAGUUGAGUGUCUUCUAUGCGGUUGUCCAGGCGAUACUGUGCCAAUGAUGCUGAAAAAUCCAACGUUAGAACGUGAAGAGCAGAAUUAUAGGGAGUUACCGCAUUCGGCAGAGAAU